AUGUUUAAAUGUCCGAAAGGUACUCCGGCUCAAAUAAAAGCCGAUCAAUUAAAAUCAAUCAAAAAACCGGAACCGGAUUCGAUUAAUUUGGAUGAUGACGUCCUUUUAUCACACGAAGAAGGUGUCAAAUCACAAUCGGAUGAAAAAUUAGAUUUGGACAGCGUGAAAGCGGAUAAAAGAUGUCCGGUAACGGCACGAGAAAGUUUAAUUUAUUUUUUUAUCAAUUGCGCUUUGGACGUACUCGUAAAAAGUUGGAAUGGUAAAUUUUGCCAGAAGGAAAAAUUAGAUAAUCCCGAUUUGUUAUCAAAUGACGACACUGAAGAUUAUGGCGAAUUGUAUCCCUGCGAAUAUCCAUCGACUGUUUCCGUCGGUAUUUUUUUCUUUUAA